AGGUGUUCUCAACAGAGCAGGAGAUGAUUUUGAGAGACUACCUGAUGGAGGCAGCUGAUUUGUAUUAUGGUCUCAGCUCAAAGGAGGUGCGGAAGUUUGCCUAUGAAUUGGCAAAGAACUACGAAUGCAACUUCCCUCAAACCUGGGCAGGGAAAGAGAUGGCCGGAGCUGACUGGCUCACAACGUUUUUGAAGCGGCACCCUACCCUCUCCAUACGCAGACCUCAGGCUACCAGUCUCUCACUGGCUACAAGCUUCAACCGAACAAAUGUUAACAAGUUUUUUGACAACCUGUCUGCUGUCCUGACGAAGCAUGGUUUUGUCACACAGGACAUUUGGAAUAUGGACGAAACCGGAGUCACAACUGUCCAAAACCCUGGGAAGAUUGUGGCCAGAAAAGGGACCAAACAAGUCGGCAGUGUGACAUCUGCAGAGCGGGGCACUCAUCACACUUGCAUGUGCUGUAAAUGCAUUGGGAAAUUCCAUCCCUCCAAUGAUGAUAUUCCCCCGGAAGAAGUUUCAGCCCUUCUUCACCAGCAAUGGCCCUCCUGGCUGUAUUGGCACAGCAAAUGGGUCUGGGUGGAUGCAAGAGGAAGACUUUUUGGUCUUCCUCAAGCACUUCCAGAGCCAUACCAAGAGCUCACAGGAGUCAAAAGUGCUGCUGGUUCUGGACAAUCAUUCCUCCCACCUUUCUGUGGAGGGGAUUGAUUUUUGCAGGAGCCAUGGGAUCAUCCUCCUCUCUUUUCCUCCCCACUGUUCUCACAAACUACAGCCCUUAGAUCGCACUGUAUACGGGCCA